CAAACUGCUCUCCUUUCCCGCGCACUGAGCAGAGCCGCCGUAGCCUCCUCGCCCGCAAACCCGCGAAUCCCCAUUUCGUAUCGACCCAAUUCGUAGCCGAGGUUACCUUGCCCUACUGGGUCGUCCGCCCUGUGGGUUCUUCAGCACGCAAGAUUGAUCUAGUUCUCUCCUUCUCCUCUGAUAUGGAGGAUGAGAGGGCCAUGGAGAUCGACGGGCAGCAGCAGCAGCGAGAAGUCGCCGCUGCUGUGCCUGAAGGCUUCAACGCCGAUUACCUCCGAAUAUACUACGGAAAGCUCUUCCCAUAUGGUGAUUUCUUCAAGUGGCUUUCAUAUGGAAAUGAUGCAAAACAUCCAGGAUGUGACCAGUCAUACAUCGGGCGUCGAGAGCUUUCGUUCACACUGGAGAAUGACAUCUAUCUCCGGUUCCAGUCCUUUGACAGUGCAGCUGAACUAGAGAGUUCUAUCAAAGAGAAGUGCCCUUUCAAGAUUGAUAUUGGACCUGUUUACAGUGUAGAUCCUGCAAAGCGACACGCCUAUGCCCAGUCUGGCAAUAAUGUCUUUGCACCAGUGGAGAGAGAACUUAUUUUUGAUAUUGAUAUAUCUGAUUAUGAUGACGUUCGGUACUGUUGCUCUGGAGCUGACACCUGUGUGGACUGCUGGCCGUUAAUGACCAUUGUCAUCAAAAUCCUGGAUACUUCACUUAGAGGUGAUUUUGGUUUCAAUCACAUACUAUGGGUAUAUAGUGGUCGCCGUGGUGUCCACUGCUGGGUUUGUGAUAGUAGAGCAAGAAAGCUCAGCAAUGAACAAAGAUCUGCAAUUGCUGACUAUUUUCGUGUCUAUAAGGGUGGUGAGAAUACAUCGAAGAAGGUGUCGUUGACUGGGCCUGUCCUCCACCCUUUCCUUGCACGAUCAUACACUGAUGUUCUGAAAUGCUUCUUUGAAGACAAAUUAUUACAUAGCCAACAACUAUUUUCAUCAGAGGAGAGAUGCAACAAGAUACUUGAACUUAUUCCUGAUGAAAAUGUUGCUAGUGAGCUCCAUGACAAGUGGCAAGGAAAUAGACGGUCCUCUAUUUCAAAAGAAGAUGUAAAUGCAGCAAGAUGGGAGCAGUUAAAGACAACUUUGCAGUCAGGAAAACACAAGGCGCAGGGGCUUCGCAGAUGCGUAGAAGAGAUUGUCUUCUCAUACACGUAUCCUAGACUUGACAUGGAGGUUUCGAAACACAUGAAUCAUUUACUGAAAGCCCCGUUCUGUAUACACCCAAAAACAGGACGUGUUUGUGUUCCAAUUGAUCCCAACAAUUGUGAUGAUUUUGAUCCUGCGGCUGUUCCAACUCUAUCACAGCUGUUAGGAGAGCUCAAUGCUGCUGGCAUGCAGAUUGAUUCUGAGAGUGAUUGGGAGAGAACAUCCCUCGAGAAAUCGAUCAGAUUUUUCAGAACAUCCUUUCUCCAGCCAAUGCUGAAAGCUUGCAAGGUGGAACUGGAAAACGCUUAUAACGCCAAGCUCGAACAGUCCAAGAAUGCCUUGAAUUGGUAAAACUUAGAGAUACACACACAAAGGCGGCGUGCCCAUUACAGUUAUCCUAGUAUCGCCCCCAUGGAUGAGCAUGAAAUUGUUCUGAGUUUGCUCACUGUCUUCUUUUGUGGGAAUACCCGACACCCAGCCAAAUGUAAUGUAUUGCAAGUUGUAACUUUGAUCUUGACGAACAAGUGUCACUGUAAGCAUUAUUAGAGUGUAAUGCUGCUUUUACCUCUGGCCUGUUCUACUCUUAA